UUCCAGAUGACGAAUCCUCCGCUGGGUCUCUUCAUGCUGGUGAGCUAGAUUCGGUUUGGUGAUCACACGAGUGGUUUGAUUGUGGGUGAGGAUGUUGAUGUAUUGCUACGACCUCGACGAAAAGUCCUACCUUUCUUGUUAAUGUUAAAACUUAAUGUUACUUUUGUAGUAGAACAUUCCUUUUUUAUAAUUUCAGUCUUCAUUUUGUGCUCAUGCCCUUCUUAGUGUAAUAACCUUUUGUUUCGCUCGAUGAUAAAACAGGAGAAAUAAUGAUACGCAAGCGUAGCACCUCAACUACAUGACCGCACACGCAUCCCCAACAUCCGGCUCACUAUUUCGCCUUCUCCCAUCCACCCUCGCCGCUCCAACACCCGCAUCCUUAAACGACGCUGGCACGCUCCCAAUCCCGCUUUUCCCCAGCGCAAUAAUCGCACUAUUCCAGCCUGAUCUACUCGUCGCAACGCGCCUCUUAGCCCCGAGCGUUCCAUACGCGCAGGUAGCGAGCGAAGUCAUGAAUCCAAGAAGCACAACAACCAGAAGCGCCCGCAGUUCCCAUCGGACUAGACUGCCGCAAAUGUGUGUGCUCCAAUGUUCGACCCGCUCGAUCGUCUCUUGUAUCCGGAAGUGGGGGUUCGACGGCAUAUCAGGGCGUGUAUGGUGGUGGCGCUUCGGUUGGUGUUUUCCGCGUUGCGGACAGCGCGUCGAUGUCGGUGGGCGUGGGUCUUGCUUUGAGUAGAAUGAGGGUGUAGCGGAAUGCGGACGGUGGGUUUGUAGUUGGAGAUUUUGGGACGCAGCGGCGGUGGAAGACCGGGGAGAGAAG